UGAAAACUUUUGUAUGGGCAUUUUAUUUGCAAAGCCCUUCUGUCCUACGACAUUUGAUGGAUGGUCCUGUUGGCCGGACACACCAGCCGGAUCUACCGCUUACAUUCCUUGUCCCGAUUUUAUUACAGGAUUCGAUGCAUCGUUGAAGGCACAUAAAUAUUGUGAAACAAAUGGCACCUGGUUUCGGCAUCCAGUCUCCCACACAAUCUGGAGCAAUUACACGACUUGUAUCAAUAUCGAAGAUCUAAUUUGGCAACAAGGUAUCAAUGGCAUCUACGAAGUAGGCUAUGCCAUAUCAUUAGUGGCUCUACUUUUAUCGCUAGCGAUUCUCACAUAUUUUCGAUCGUUGAGAUGCGCUAGAAUAACUCUGCACAUGAAUCUAUUCGUUUCGUUCGUCCUUAACAACGCACUAUGGUUGAUCUGGUACAGAUUCGUUGUAGCUAAUACAAAUCUUUUGUUAAACAAUAGCAUAAUAUGCCAGUUUUUACACAUUCUCCUUCAUUAUUUCCUCUUGACGAAUUACGCAUGGAUGCUUUGCGAAGGCUUUUAUCUUCACACAUUACUCGUUCUGGCGUUUACAAGUGAGCACAGAUUGGUGAACUGGCUUAUGGCACUUGGUUGGUCGAUGCCAGGGAUCAUCGUUACCAUUUAUGCCAUUUUAAGAGCCACAAGCUACGAUCCCGUAGACACCGAACAAUGUUGGAUCAACGAAGGCAAUUACAUGAGUGUGUUGGUCUAUCCGGUAUGCGUCUCGACGUUGUUGAACGUUCUAUUUCUCUUCAACAUCGUACGCGUUCUUCUAAUGAAAUUGCGUGCUGGUCCAGCGAUAGGAACGAGACCGUCGAGAUCAAUGCUUCAAGCUUUCAGAGCAACGAUGUUAUUGGUACCACUUCUUGGCCUUCACUAUCUAGUUAUUCCGUUCAGGCCACCGAAGAAGCACCCUUGGGAACACGCUUACGAAGUUAUUUCAGCGAUUACAGCCUCUUUCCAAGGCCUCUGCGUUGCCGUAUUUUUCUGCUUCUGUAACGGAGAGGUGAUAGCGCAGUUCAAACGGAAAUGGGAAGGUACGAUGCUGCUAAGGAAACGAGCGAAUUCCUGCACGGCCACUACUGUCUCGUGAUAGAUGCACGAAAGGUCACUGGCGCGAACCGGAUUGCAAGAUCCAAAGACGCUGUGUCAUUAUUCCUCGAUAAACAAAGUAUAUAAUAAAAAAUUGAAAAUUCGAUAUAAUAACGUAAAAUAAUAUGUAUUUAAUUUAUGUAUAUUUAUGUGUACGUGUGCGCGUAUAUAUAUAUUUUUCUUUGUUACACGAUUGUCCAUAUAUAUAUAUAUAUAUAUAUAUAUAUGUAUAUAUAUAUAUAUAUAUUAAUAGCGGGAAAAUUUUUUAAAUGGAAAAAUAAAAGGACGACAUAUCAUCCCUUAUAUACGAUCUAGAAUUCUUAUGAUCCUGGUCACCGUAGAUAACAGAUGGCCGUCUCGUCUCGAUAUCUCUCUCUCUUUAUACCAUAUCCCGUAUUCCCUUGGGAGAGACAUAUAAAUUUACAUCUUUAUGCACUAGGAAUGUCAGCAUACGUUUGAAAAAGAAACACGGCAACCUUAUCAAAUAAGUUUUUCACUGCGAACUGAAGUGUCGGCCUUCGUCGAUUGUUUGAUAAAAAAAAAAAAAAAAAAAAAAAAAAAAAAGAAGAAAGAAAAAAAAAAGAAAA